AUGGCCGCCAACUACUGGGAGUCGACGCAGCGGCGCUAUUGGCAGUUCACCAAAGAUGAGCUGGCCCAGCUGCGGGAGAACCUGGAGGAGGAGGAGCAGAGUCUCGUGCAAAUGUUCCCUCUUCCUCAGUGGCGGCACCUCAGCAUAUACUUUAACCAGCAGCUUCACCGGUUAGCCAAGAGACUCAACUGUCGGCAGCAGGCCGUCGCGACUGCCCAGCUCUACAUCAAGCGAUUCUACUGCAAAGUCGAGAUCCGCCGCACGAAUCCCUAUCUCGUCCUCACGACCGCGCUAUACCUGGCUUGCAAGAUGGAGGAGUGCCCCCAGCACAUUAGGAUUGUGGUGCAGGAAGCGCGAACAAUGUACUCAGAUCUCCUCACCGUGGACACGUCGCGACUCGGCGAAUGCGAGUUCUUCCUCAUUUCCGAGAUGAGCUCCCACCUCAUCGUGCACCAGCCAUACCGGACCCUGACGCAGCUCCAGACCGAGUUCGCCCUCAGCCAAGAGGAGAUCAGCCUGGCCCUGUCCGUUAUCAACGACCACUACAUGACCGACCUCCCGCUCCACUACCCGCCGCACAUCGUGGCGCUCACCGCAAUCUUGCUAUCUCUCGUCCUCCGCCCGAACUCGGUGUCAGCCACCCCGGCCGCCGGCAUGGCUGCAGCAGCAUCGGUCUUGGCCCAGGCCCAGGGACGCCAGCAGCAAUUCGGAAUGGGCGGCGGUGGCGGAAGUGGCAUCGCAAGCGGUCAGACCACGCCAGGAGCUGGGCCACCACCUACGACGGGAGGAGGGGGCGGCAUGUCGGAAAAGGAGAAGCAGCAAGGGGAGCGCGUCGGCAAGGUGCAGCGGUUCGCGCAGUUCCUUGCCGAGAGCAACGUCGACAUCGAGGGCAUGGUCGACUGCACGCAGGAGCUCAUCUCUUUCUACGAGUGCCACGAGCAGUACAAUGAUAAAAUGACGAGGGAGCAGAUCAACCGCUUCAUCAAGGCGCGUGCCCUCGACAGACCCUGA